AUGAAACCUAACGCGGCCACCUCUACAACUCAUAAGAAAAUCACACCGAAGAGAAAGGCGCCUGCACCACCACUGAUGCCAAAGAGAUCGGCUCCAUCUUCUCCAGAACUCAAGACACCAAACGAUUUCAUCAUCGACGAGUUUGAAGAAUUGGACAAUAACAACAAGAAUUCUGACGAGCUUACUGACGAUGGCACCAAAAGAACCCAGCGUUUCCCUGAUCCCUACCUCGGCGAACGAGUGCAACCAGCCAUCGAAGCCGACUUCGGCAAAAACAAGAUCGACGCAAAAGACAGCUCAGUCAUCGGCUUCUACAACCAGGGGAGCAAGCGAGAUGACUUCCAGGGCUUGAAGUUUCGACGAUACUUUACCUUCAGAACCGACGAUGACAAAGAACUCAUCGGCUCCUGGCUCACCAAGCCACAACCGCGAGACAAUCAUCGACGUCCACACUUCCGAAACUAA